CUAAUUAAUAGUUAAUUAAUUAACUAACUAUAAUUAGUACACUAAUAUUAAAGUACACAUGGAUUACUUUAUAAUAAAGUAUAAUUUAAAAGAAUUUUAUAUUUUAAAGAUUAAAAAAGUGAAAUGUUUUUUACUACUUUAAUACUCAUAAUAAAAAAUGACAUAAGAAUUUAUUAAAUUAUUUACUUUGUUAUAUAUGACAUGUAAUAAAAAAAUGGCAAUAUUAUUAGUCGCAGGAUUGUUUGUUAUUAAAUGAUUAAUUAAUUAUUAAAUUAUGCCUCGUAAAGAAAAAACAAAUGCCAGAACAUGGGAACGCGACAGAAGAAAUCGUAUGAAUUUAUAUUUCAAAACACUAGAAGAAUUAUUACCCCCAAAUCAAGACGGAAAAAAUCGUAACAAAGUUGACAUAUUAAUUCACGCAUCAAAAUAUAUAAAAGAUUUGACGAAUCGUACGGAAGAAUUAUUCAAUAAUAAUGCAGUUGAUGCACACAAAGAGGAAUUAAGUCGUUUGAAAAAAUUAGUCGCUCAACUUUAUUCACGUACACAAUUAUUGUCAACGCUGUUAAAAGAUGCGGGUAUUACGGUCCCGGCUGAACCUGCCUUAGAAAAAAUGUCUCCAUUGAAAUGGUCCAAUAAAAUAAAUGUGGACGAUACUGAUAAAUAUAUAGAUCGUCAUAAAGAAAGAAAGAAACCUGAGAAACGGAGAAAUAAUUCGAUUGGUUUAAAAAUACCUUUGAAUAAAAAAUCAAAGGCUGGUGAUAUUGAUGUAGCGGCAAAUAAAAAUAAUAACAAAAAUAAUGAAAUUAGUGGCCCAGUUGAAGACCAAGAAAAUCAUGGCAGUAAUAUUGAUGACAAAAAUACAGAAGAUAAAAAUAAUGAAUCAAAUAAAAAUUCAGAAUUGCGAAAUAAUUCUGACCCAGUUUCCAGCGAACCAGCCAUCGAGUCAUCAGCCGGCCCAAAAUCCAGCACCGGAAUCCGCAAACUCGAGUCCCGGAAAAAAUUAAAAAGAAAAAAUUUAAAUAACAAAGACCAAGUCAAGAAACCAACUAAGAAAUCACUAAAAUCAAAGUCCCCACCAUCGACAUCAACAUCACAAAAUCCAUCAUCGAUAGCAAAUUUAGUAUCCGGAACAUUGAUUUUAUCAAGCGGUAAAUUGAUGCCACUGAUAACGCCUCUGACCUCAACAAAUAUCCUCGUCAACCCGAGUACUUCUAAUCAACAACAGCAACAGUCCCAAAUAAUUAUCAGCAACAAUCAGUCAUCAGCGAACCCCAUGAUCGUAAUGCAGUCAGUCGACUGCAAAAAUAUAUCCGUCCAAAAUAAUAAUGUCUUGAAUACAGUACAGAAAGUGACGUUGAAUACAAUACCAAGCAUACGAACAAACGUCGGAAUAAAUUCCCACGACUGGGUGUCAAAUGUAAAGACGAUUAUUGAGGCAACGAAAAUCGGCGGACGCAAAGGCAUUUUACCAAAAGGUAAAGAGAUAACGAAGACAACUAUGGCCUACAAAGUCCCGAUUCCCGUCGUACGUCGCGACAUUAAAACACUCAGUAAAUCUGACAGCAAAAACACGAGGACAGAAAAUAAAAAUAAAAAACCGAAAUUUCGGAGUAAAAAAAAAAAUGAUAAAGAGAAAUUAAAACCGAGUGAUAAAAAAUCGGCGGAUGUUUCGGAAAAUGAUGACAAAUUGACAGCCGAAGUUGGUGACAAGUCACCGGAAAAUAGCGAACCGAUUAACUUCCGGAAUGUUACUGAUAAAAUCAGCGAAAAUUCGGCGGAAAUAAAUAAUGAUGCGGAUGACAAUUUGGAUAAUCAGUCAACGGAAGUUGAAAAAUCCGCAGCUGAAAUUUUAACUGAGACAAAAAUCGAAUCCACUACCGCAGAAUCGGACUGCGCUAAAGAAAUAAUUGAGGACUCAGGUGAAAAAAAUAUUUCUACUGACCCUGGAGUACCAGCGACAGAGCUGACGGAACCUUUGCCUGAAAAAGAUGAAUUUUCCGUAGACAAAGUAAUCGAAGUUGACAUCAAUAAGCCGCCGGAAGUAAAAGAAGUCUGUGAUUUAAAUUCUCGGUUUAAUUUAUUGACUGAAUCGCCGGACAAUUCAACGAUAGACGCGACCAAGAUUAUUUUGAAUCUAGACACCAACACUACGACGACAAUGAAACCGGAAAUGUCAGUGUCAGCUGUCACAGUAACUGACGCUGAAGUAAAAGACGAAAAAUUGAUAAAGGAAUCAACCAAAAGUCUUUACAGUACCGACAAUACUUUCGUACCGAUAAAUAAUCGUGACCUGCACUCCGAUUUAUCAAACGAUUUAUUUGCGUCGCUUCAAGUCCCGUCGAAUUCCCAUAACCCGGAGUCGAUUUCACCGACCGCGGCCUUUCUGAUGGCAUUCCCGUUGGUGUCGUCGUUGAACGGCAAGACUGAGGUUCUUGAGGAAGACAUGAAAGAGGACCUGAAGUAUCACAGCCAGACACCCCCGAUGUUGCUGCAGAUCGGCAACAUCGAGCCCAAUAGUUUCAAAGUAAAAGCCGACGAUUUGAAAAUAAGCGACAGUAAAUUCAAAAAAAAUUUGAUCCCAGACCCGGAAGUAAAAAUUGAUAACUCGGCGAAGUCGCUGCCGAAAAUAAUAAACAGCGAGACGUUCAAAGACAAAUUGUAUCGAAUUGUUCCCUAUUCGAAGUCGAUUGUUCCGACAUCGAUAAAUUCAAUAUCUAGCGGGAAUUCGACUGUAAAUUCAAACUGUGAUAUCGAUAGCAAUAAAAAAAUAGAUAAAUCUAAAUAUAACGACAAUAAUAAUAAUUCUAAUAAUAAUAUUAUUAUUAAUUCAACGAAUGAUAAUAAUAAAUUGUCUAAAUAUAAUGAUAGUAAUGAUAACUCGACGCGUUAUCAGACGACAUUACUGACGGAUUAUACGUCAAACUACACUAAUUUUACGGUAAAUAAUACAGAAGAGCAAAUUAUUCCGAUAGAUAAUUCGCGGGUUUAUUCAAAUCAGAGCGGGAUUCAAAACAAUGAAUCUCUUACUUUACCGUAUCAAUAUUCUUCCCAAGAGCAGCGAUAUGUUGAAAGUAAUCAUGAGUCUUCUAAUUAUUCCCACAAAGAAAUUUUUAAUAAUCAAUUGACCCCACGUUAUAACCUGGGAAAUUUGAAUAAAAAUUCACCAGUUCCUGAUUAUCAAAAUUAUUUAAUUAAAGAACGCGAUUUACAAACUCAGACUCAGCCUCAAUCUCAAGUUCAGUCUCAAGUUCAAGUUCCAGGUCAAAAUUUGGAUCAAAAUUACAGCAAUGCAACGACAAAACAAACGGCGACGAAAUCUGUCAAAAUUACGGAACACUUUGGUGAUAAAAUGUCAGCGGACUUCGGUGUUUCCGGUUUGAAAAUGAGUGAAAAUGAGCACUAUGAUGUCACGGGUGUUAAGAUUAAUUCGGAAAAUUAUACUGGACAUUACGUUCCUUAUACGCGGGAUGAAAAGAAAAUUUUUGAUGACAAUUCUUCGCAUAAUAAAAAUAGUGGGCAGAUUUCAACGCUGCCUCAUUAUUCCCAUCAAGUUACGUCACAAAUGCAACAAAAACAACAACAGCAGCAACAAAAUGUUACAAAUAAUAAUAAUAAUAAUAAUAAUAAUAAUAAUAAUAAUAAUAAUAAUAAUAAUAAUAAUAAUAAGUCUACUGGUGCAAAUAAUUCGUCAAAUUUUAGUGUUCUUUCUUGGACUGGACUUUCACCAAAUAAUAAUAAUACUGCUAAUAAUUCGACAAAUACUAAUAAUAAUAAUAAUAAAACAAAUAAAAACAAAAAUAACAAUAAUAAUAAUAAUAAUAAUUUAUUAAGAUUUGAACAAAAUACUGAACAAAAUUCAAGUGAAGAUAAAACAAUUUGUGAAAAUUUUAAUUAUUCUUCAUUACAAAAAAACGCAGCAUUUAAUAAUAAUAAUGCUAAUAAUAAUAAUAAUAAUAAUAAUAAUAAUAAUAAUAAUAAUAAUAAUAAUACGGGACAAUCAUUUACUACGGAUUUAUCAUUAACGGGAGUAGAAAAAAAAACUAAAUCAACACCAACAACAACAACAGCAACAACAACAACAACAACCACAACGACAGUGACCCAUAGUCAAGAUAAAACAAAAUCUGCUGGUCCGACACAAAAAUCACGUAAUCAAAAUCCAGUGGACGAUUACGGUAACAAUAAACUAAACAAAAAAUUUACAAUCGACCCAAAUUACACGCAAUCAGAAUUUCCAUUGGAGCAGCAGCGACACUCGAAAACUAAUCAGCCACCAAAGGAGAAUAAAAACUACAGCAAUUACGACUCUAUUAAUUUUGAUAUCGAAUCUGGUAACCCCGCAAAAUGUCCUGAUAUUUACUCAGGAAAUUACAAAGAUCAGAUAAAAUAUCAGGCGAUUUUGCACGAUCCCUACAAGCAGCCGCAGCAGCAGCAGUUGAAAUCAAAAGCAAUCCAACAGCAGGUCCAGCAGGCGGCCAGACCACCAGUAAACUGGAUGAUGACACCGGAAAUAAAACACAACUCCAAUAUGCCGGACAUUAUUUUGCCGCCGAUUGGCAAAGAACUGGAGUUUUGUCAGAAUAAUAUUUUUAGCCAGCCUCCAACUUACAAUCAGUCAUCGUCAGCAUCAGCAGCAGCAGCAAAUCAUCAAUUUUACAACAACUAUGACGUAGCAGUAAGCGCUGCGGGAUUCACGAAUGUUUCGAGCCUGCAAACUGACCCCCGGAGAUUAACAGACACGACUUAUUAUCCCGAUGACCAGCAUUUUUCCUGGUCGCCAACCAAAAACCCUCAGAACCCAGACCACUCCCAAGUUAUUAAAUCAAUUGAACAUCAGCAGCAGCAGCAUCAGGUGGUGCCGUCAACUUUGCCAACUCUCGUUGGUGAUCUAGCCCUGGGUACCGUCACUGAAAAGUCGGGUUUCAUGUUCGGACAGCCGCGCAAUGAUCUAGCGCAGCCUAAGACAAUAAAAGACAAAGAAUUCUCAGUCAUCAAUGAACAGAAUGUCCAGCAUUCCGUUCAAGGCGGGUCCUUUUUGUCCGUAAGUCAAUUAGUCGAGCACGAGAAGGCUGAGAAACAUCAGCAGAAUCAUCCCCAUCACCCGCAUCAGCAGCAGACCCAGACCCAGACCCAAUCGCAGACGCGGAAACAUCAGCGGAAGAGCAACACAAGUCCGCGGACGGCUAGAAGACAAAUGGAGAUGCGGAAAACUGACCAGUUGCCGCAACACGAGGAGCAAAAAAUUGCCGGGUUUCCUGGCGCUUGUGCUGCUGACGGGUAUCAGCAGCAGAAGUACCAGCAGCAAGACGGACUAUGGAGGAACCGCAAUUGCAAAAGUAAUUAUACCGCAGAAGCUUUGAUUGGAGUGAAUACUUCCUCUAGUAUCCAGGAUAAUAAUCACGCAGACAAACAAUUGCACGCAAUAAAAUUCUCCGCAGAUUAUUCGCAGAAUAAAUUCCCGGGUGGUCUGUCAGCGGACAUGGUGAUGCCCCCGAUAAAUUAUUUAGCGACGAAUCCGGAUGACGGUAACGGAUAUGGCCAAGUGAUGAACCAGAAUUUUAAUCAUACGUCUUAUACUUAUUCUCCAAACGCAAAUAUUUAUCCGACGACAAAUUUUAUCCCGGGAAUAUCUGGUAAUACUCCCGGAAGUUACAUGAUGCCGUUGCAUGACAACCCGACGGAUUAUUUAGAGGCAAAUUCAUUUUUACUACCGAAUGUUACUACGAAUGUUGGCAAUCCAUCAAAAUCAACAGACAUGCCAGCCAGUGUGACAUCUUCGAGUACACGUGUCACGGCUUCGUCAACGGCAACGACUAAUGUCAAAAAUACUCAUUAUGGUAAUGGGGGAGUGAAGCACCACCAGAAUUGUGACAGCAAAAGAAAUUACACGAGUGUCAGUAAGAAGAGUAAGAAGAAGACGGACCCGAUGCAUGUGGAGUUUUCGGUACCGGGUGUGGCGACGAUGGAAGAUUAUCCGCAUCAUCAUCAUCAUCACCACCAUCAUCACCAUGGGCACUCGGCGAGUUUUUUGCCCCCGCCACCACCUCCGCCGCCGACACAUGCCAAUGCGUUGUAUCAGAAUUCCCCGCAUGCUAUGGGAAUGGGACUGCCGGGAAAUUCAAAUAGGAGUAGAAGUAUGACGAGUAAUUCUGUUGCGAUGACACAUCAUCCGUCAGGAACGAGUCUUACUAAUUUUAAUUUGAGUACAAUAUUUCCAGAAAUAAAUGAUAAGAUACCCGGAUACAAACCACCAAAUAUUCCACCCGGAUUGACACAGUCUACCAAUCACUCAUCCGCAAGUUAUCCACAGAGAAUUAAUUAUUCCGCCAAUAAUACUCUCGGUCACGUGCCACAGGUUUCCGAAGCAACCCAAUUUACAAGUGACUUGCCAGCUCCACCUCCGCCUGUGCUUCACUACAAAACAACAUAACGAACUAUAAUUAAUUAAAAAAUUGUAUUAUAAUUAAUUUAUUAUAUAUAAUAUUACGUGUUUAAAUAUGUACAUAUAUUUCAUAAAUUAAUUUA